AUGGAAGGGACAACUUCCACCUGCACAAGUUUGAGGACAAUGUGGCUGGCCCUGCUAGUGUAUCAUCUUGGCCUGAUUCUCCGCAGCCAGGCACAGAACGCAUGCCUCACAAACCCUACAUUCAGGGAGCCAGUCAACUCUGACGUCACGGUGAAAUGCGGUACUCAGAGAAUGGAGCUGUAUAUCCUCCUGUGCCCAGUCUAUUUUGGUGGAUACAAUGAAUCGCUGAUGGCCCUCAAUGCACAGUACAACAAACCAGAGUGCCGUGGGAGCCCUGAUUGGACAGUCAACCCACCUGUCUUGAAAUUUAACUUCUCCAUAACUGAAGAGGCCAUUUCUGCCUGUUCCAACAAGCUGAAGAUCACACAAGAAGUGGGCUCCGGCCUGUUCUCGGACUAUUCCAGUGUUCAGUUCGUGAACAUCUCCGGAAUCAUCAACUCCAUGGAUCCUGCUGCCGGCACCAUUACCUACCGACAAGAGAUGAUGUAUAUUUUCUCCUGUCGAUAUCCACUCCAGUACCUGGUUAAUAACACAGAGAUGAGUGUUUCGGGGGUGAGCCUUGCAGUCAAGGACAAUAAUGGUAGUUUCAUUAGUACCCUCAGCAUGCAUCUUUAUGAGGAUAACACCUACUCAGCACCGCUCCUGGUCCCCGAUAAUGGGCUGAAGCUGAAGAAGAGGAUCUUUGUGGAAGUCCGGGCCACAAACCUCACUGAGAGGUUCAACGUGCUCCUGGACCGAUGUUAUGCCACAACCAGUCCCUUUCCAACCAAUAGUUCCUUCUACGACCUAUUUGUGGGGUGUAACCAUGAUGGACAGACUGUGAUGGGGGUGAACGGGCAGCAGCAGAUGGCCCGCUUCUCCUUCGAGGCUUUCCGCUUUGUGGAGCAUAAGAACAUGACCGUCUCCAUCUUCUAUCUGCACUGUGCCACCAGACUAUGUGAUAAGUCUGUCUGCAGCUCCAUACGACCGAACUGCUCUGCUAAUGCUAGGAAGAGACGAGAGGUGGAGUCAGCACAAGGAACCUCUGUGAGUGAUGUGGCCACUGUCUCCUCAGGUCCCAUCAUCACCAAAGUGGACAAUGGUGGCCCUGUGGGAUUAGCUUCUCAAGCUGUCACAGAUCCAUCACAAAGAAACGAGCCCCUGCUGGGAGCGGCCAUCACCGUGGCGAUAGUGGGCACACUCUGCAUCUCUGCAGUGGUGUUUGUCGUUUACAGGUUUCGCUCAUCCAAGAAGCAGAGCAAAGAAAAGAGCACAUUCCACCAAUGAGAGUGGCUGGAGGUACUGAGGGGAAAUUUGAGAGAGAGGACAAGGAAG